UGAUAUCCAGUUUCUACUCGGCUUCUGUUCAUCUUACUCACUGGAGUUCUAAUCUUGACUCUGAAAAGCUGAUAUUUUUCAGAAAACACAAAAAGGUGAGGCUGUUAUGGGCUCUUCUUCUUUCUCCAUAUCCACCUCUCCUCCGGUCACCGACUCCCACCCAGAAGGCUUCCUUCCAACCCCCACCACCGCCCUCCUCUCCUCCUCCCCUCCCUCUCCUAUAUCCAAAACCUCGAUCUUCCUCUUUUCCAUACUCCUCUUCAUCACCUCCAUCUCUUUCACCUUCGCGUUCCUCUUCUCCUCUUCUUCCUCGUCCACUUCUGUGUCCACCGUCUUUGCCCGCCACCUCUCCUACCUCGUCCACCCCACCGUCAUUCUCAUCUCUUCCGACGGCUUCCGCUACGGCUACCAAUUCAAAUCCAAUUUACCCAACAUCAACCGCCUCAUCUCCAAUGGCACCGAGGCUGUUCCUGGCCUCAUACCGGUCUUCCCCACCCUCACUUUCCCCAACCACUACUCCAUCGUCACCGGCCUCUACCCUUCUGUCCAUGGCAUCAUCAACAACCACUUCGUCGACCCGAAUUCCGGCGAAAGAUUUACAAUGGGCAGCCAUGAAUCCAAAUGGUGGCUCGGAGAACCGCUCUGGGAAACAGUCGUCAACCACGGCCUCUCCGCCGCCACCUACUUCUGGCCUGGCUCCGAGGUAAUCAAAGGUUCCUGGCAUUGCCCACGAAAAUUCUGCAUGAAAUAUGAUGGCUCUGUUCCCUUUGAGCAGAGAGUUGAUACUGUUUUAAAUUACUUCGAUCUUCCCAGAAAUCAAAUCCCCGUGUUCAUCACUCUCUACUUUGAAGAUCCAGAUCACCAGGGGCACCAGUUUGGCCCUGAUGACCCCGAAAUCACGUCUUCUGUUAUCAGAAUUGAUGAUAUGAUCGGUAGAUUGAUUCAUGGAUUGGAAAAAAGAGGAGUUUUUGAAGAUGUUGCUGUAAUUCUCCUUGGCGAUCAUGGAAUGGUUGGAAAUUGUGAUAAAAAAAUAAUCUUUCUCGAAGAUAUAUCGCCAUGGAUCAAAAUUGCUCCUGAUUGGAUUGAAUCCCUUUCACCUGUGAUCGCCAUUAGACCUCCUUCAACUGUUUCUGCAUCUGAAGUUGUCAAAAAGAUGAAUGAAGGGUUAAGCUCAGGAAAAGUAGAGAAUGGACAAAAGCUUAAGAUGUUUCUAAAGGAAGAUUUGCCUAAACGUCUCCAUUACGCUGAAAAUUAUAGGAUUCCUCCCAUUGUUGGUUUACUUGAAGAGAGCUACAAGGUGGAGAAUCAGAGAUCGAAUGAGAAGGAAUGUGGAGGAUCCCAUGGAUAUGAUAACUCAUUCUUCUCGAUGAGGACAAUUUUUAUAGCUCAUGGGCCUCAGUUUGAGAAGGGAAGGAAAGUUCCUUCUUUUGAGAAUGUCGAGAUUUAUAAUAUGAUUACUGAGAUUCUGAAGUUGGAAGGAGCUGCAAAUAAUGGCUCUGCUUCUUUUCCAAGCUCAAUUCUUCUGCCUAGAAAUUAAGUUUGGCUGGUUUAAUGGAAGCUUUGGAUCUUAAUUGUGUUUAGUUGGAAUGUUUUGAUGAGUUUGGGUUGAUAAAUAAUGGCUUUGUUUUUUCUU